CCAGCGGGAAAAGCAGCGCCAGCCCCAUCGGGCCGAACGGGACGGGCAGGACCCCAUCGGGCUGAGCCCAGCAGAGCCGAACCCUCCGGGCUGAGCCGAACCGGGAGCAGCCGAACCCGCUCGGGCCGAGCCGAGCGGAGCCGGGAGUAGCCGAAGGCGCUCGGGCCGGCCGGUUCCGCUGCGGGCCAUGGGGCAGAUCGAGUGGGCCAUGUGGGCGAACGAGCAGGCGCUCGCCGCCGGGCUCAUCCUGCUGACGGGCGGGAUCGUGGCCGUGGCGGGGCAGUUCAAGGGCUGGUACUUCGCGGCGUAUUCCAUCGCUGCAGGUGUCCUGGUGUGCCUGCUCGAGUAUCCCAGGAGCAAGCGGAAAAAGGGCUCCACUAUGGAGAGGUGUGGCCAGAAGUACCUGACAGCCGUGGUGAAGCUGUUCGGGCCCCUCACCAGGAAUUAUUACAUCCGAGCCAUCCUCCACGCUGCCCUGGCUGUCCCUGCUGGUUUCCUCCUCUCCACCAUCCUGGGCACCGUCUGCCUGGGCAUUGCCAGUGGCAUCUACCUGCUGGCUGCAGUUCGAGGGGAGGAGUGGAGACCCAUCGAGCAGAAGCCCCGGGAGCGGCCACAAGUGGGGGGCACCUUCAAGCAGCCCCCCAGCAACCCCCCACCCCGGCCCCCCCCCGACGCCCGCAAGAAGCAGCCGGAGGUUGGGGGGCAGGUGAACCCCAUCCCUGUGGAGGUGGAAUAAUGGGGGAUCCUCCUGCCCUGCUGCCCUGCUGCUGCUUCCCAGCUGCUCCUGGAUCCACUGCAGGGAUCCCCAAAACCUCGGGGAUCCCCGAAACCCUGCGGGUGCUGAGCUCCUUGGUGUGGGUCCCCAGUUCCUGGUGAUGCUCAGAUCCCUGGGAUCGUCAUUUCCCCCUGGGCUCUCCAGCUCCCCAAGGGGUUCCCAAAUCCCCAGUGAUGCUUUGGGCAUCUCCAAAUCCCCAGCAAAGCUCAGCUCAUUGUAGGAUCUCCAUCUCCUGGCGAUCACCAAAUCCCCGAAGAUGCUCAGUUCCCAAAUUCCCAGUGAUGUGAUGCUCCCUGUGGGGUUUCCAGUCUCCAGGGGUUUCCCAGCUUCUGGAGAUUCCCAAAUCCUUGGGGCUGCUUAACUCUGUAUGGGGUCUCCAGCUCCUGGCCCUCCCCAGAUCCCCAAAAAUGUUCAGCUUCCUGUGGGGUCUGCAGCCCUCAAGGGCUUCCUGGCUCCUUAGGAUACCCCAAAUCCAUGGGAAUUCUCAGUUCCCUGUGAGUGUUCUGUUUCCAGGGGCUCCUCAGCUCCUGGGAAACCCCAAAUCCCUGGGCAUGCUCAGCUCCCUGAGGGUCCCAACUCUCCAAGCACCCCCCAGUUCCCUGGGGACUCCCCAAAUCCCUGUGGAACUCCAGCUCUCAGGGAAUCCCCAGCGCUGGGGGGGGAUCAGGGAGCUCUGCUCUGUCUCUCCCUGUUUUUUUGUCAUUUCUGCAGUUGCUGUUGCAAUAAAAAGUGGGAAAGGCA